UUGAGUUGAGCGGACGCGGCUCUGAUUUAUUCACCAGAAGCUGAACGGAUUUAACGCGUCCGCUCCGGUUUUUUCUUUCUCGUAGCGUCGGAAAUGUGCGCUGUGAAUCGCCUCUGUACCGGGAGCAGUACGUGAAGCUUCGCUUCGAUCUGACCAGCGAGUCGAUGGACGAACAAGAAGAUCUGAGUGAAGGAGUGUGUGCUGGAUGCAGAGGCAGCAUUCAGGAUGCUUUCCACGUAAAGCUACACAAAGACAUCUGGCACAGCGCCUGUUUUCGGUGCUCCGAGUGCUGCGAUCUCCUGACUAACUGGUACUUUGAGCGAGAGGGGAACCUCUACUGUGGGAAACACUACUGGGAGAAGUAUGGAGAGCUGUGUCAUGGCUGCUCGCUGCUAAUGACUGGACCGGCUAUGGUGGCUGGGGAGUACAAGUACCAUCCUGAGUGUUUCGUCUGUCUCAGAUGUAAGGUGGUGAUAGAGGACAGAGACACCUAUGCCCUGGUGGAGCGCUUUAAACUCUACUGUGGUAAAUGCUACAAACAGGAGGUCCUGGCACCAAUGCUGGAGAGGCGCUGCACAGCUGAUUCAUCUCUUGACUCAUUGCCUCACACUGUGACUCUAGUCUCGAUGCCGGCUGCAGCCAAUGGGAAAAGAGGCUUUAAUGUCAGUGUGCACAGAGACUGCAGCAGUGCUACAGCCAGCGUACACGUCAAAGAGGUCCGAGGGAUGCUGAUCAGUCCGGAGGUUCGGAAUGCCAUCCACGUGGGUGACCGGAUCCUGGAGAUUAAUGGACUUCCAGUGGGAACACUGAUGGAAGAGGAGGUGGAGGAUUUGAUCCAUCGGACUAGUCAAACACUGCAGCUGCUGAUCGAGUAUGACCCGGUCAGGCAAAGAUUAGACAGACUCCGUCUGGGAUCACCAAACAGCUGCCUGGGUGUUCCUGCCUCAUCCCGCCUGCGCCUGUCCUCCCCAUCAGACGGAGUGAUUGAGAGGACAGAAUCUGAUGAUGGAACGCUUAAAAGAAGAUCUCUCAGACGCAGUAACAGUAUAUGUAAGUCACCUGGACCCGGCUCUCCCAAGGAGCACCCAUUUGUUUCACGAGACAUCAGUCGCUCUGAAUCGCUUCGAGCCUCAUCCAGCUGCUCGCAUCGCAUUUUCCGGCCCUGCGACCUUAUCCACGGAGAGGUGCUUGGCAAGGGCUUCUUCGGCCAGGCCAUCAAGGUAACCCAUAAAGCAACUGGAGAGGUGAUGGUGAUGAAGGAGCUUAUCCGGUGUGACGAAGAGACACAGAAAACCUUUCUAAAGGAGGUGAAGGUAAUGAGGAGUUUAGAUCACCCGAAUGUCCUGAAGUUCAUUGGUGUGUUGUACAAAGACAAGCGGCUCAAUCUGAUCACGGAGUUCAUAGAGGGAGGCACCUUAAAGGACUUCAUUCGAGACGUGGACCCAUUCCCAUGGAGGCAGAGGGUUAGCUUUGCCAAGGGCAUCGCUUCAGGAAUGUCAUACCUGCACUCAAUGAGCAUCAUCCACAGAGAUCUUAACUCGCACAACUGCCUGGUAAAACUGGACAACACAGUGGUGGUGGCAGACUUCGGUUUGUCCCGUCUCGUCUUGGAGGACAAGGUGAAGCAGCCGCCGCCCGAUAAGCCCAAUAAAAAAAGAAUAUUCCGCCGCUUCGACCGCAAAAAGCGCUACACGGUUGUGGGAAAUCCGUACUGGAUGGCUCCUGAGAUGCUUAAUGGUAAGCGCUACGAUGAGAAGGUGGACGUUUUCUCCUUUGGCAUUGUGCUUUGUGAGAUCAUCGGGCAGGUGAACGCAGAUCCAGAGUGUUUGCCUCGCACAAUGGACUUUGGCCUAAAUGUGGGCAAGUUCAUGGAGAAGUUCUUGCCUGAGGAUUGCCCGUCUGCUUUUUUUCCACUGGCAGUGGCAUGCUGUGACCUCACUCCUGAAAGCCGGCCUGCCUUCCAAAAACUGGAGGACUGUUUUGAGGCCCUAUCUCUGAACCUGGAGCUGGGUAUCCAUCUUCCAGCUGAGCUUGAGGAGCUGCAGCAGAAACUCUGGAGAACUCACGGCUCAAAGCACGAUAAUCUCUCUCCAAAAUCCAGUCCCACUAAGAACUCUCCGGAUCGAGCCAGUCUGGAAAACAACGCUACCUAAAAGAGGGAAACUGACCUUUCAACUGCACACAAAAGGAUUCCUGCACUAAACUACAGGAGGGACCAAGAGAAGCUGGAGGAGUUUACAUGAAUAUAGAUGCUGGAUUUUCUGUACAGGAUAUGUGUGUGUGUGUGUGUGUGUGUACGGACUGUGCUGGUACAUGUUCACCUAUUGAUGGUCACAAUGUUCAGAAUUCUGGAGCCAGUGUAGAGUUACUGAGGGAACAGGCACAUUUCAGCUUUUUUAAUUUGAGGGUAAGGGCUGAUUUCCUUACGUAAGAGACUAAUGUGUGAGAUUUUGGCAUCUCCUGCUAUUUCUGUCCGGAGUGCCUGAAACUAAAGGCAUCAUGAUGAAUCUGUUAAAAUAAUGUCUUCCAAAUGACGAACAGCUGCUAGGAUCAUAAAAAAUGUACAAGGGUCUUACCACAAUGCACGUGUGAACCUGCAUCUUCCUUGAGUUAAAGGAAUACUUUAGUAUCUCUAUCACAUCUGUAAGCAAGUACUACAAAGAAUGAUAUUACAACUUCUUCCUGUAUUAAGAAAAGGCUGUAAAACACUGUGACACUUGCUUAGGCCUGGUUUAUGCUUUCUCAGAACUGACUCUGAGAGCAGCCUGGAGUGUUCAUGGUUUAUCAGACGUGUAGACGUGUUCAUGCACAGAAUCAUGCUGUGUUAGCACAACAUGAAAUCUAGCUGAGUAAAAGCUGAAAAACGUAACAUACGUCAUUCUUUUUAGCAGUAAGAGCAUACUGCAGCUUUAAAUUUACUUUAUGAAAAUGCUCAUGGAGCACCGACACUCCAGCUGUGAAGAGAGAAGUCUUUAAAAAGUGUCUCUUUAAAAAUCUGUGGCAACAUUAACCAAUAAUUUCACAGUUUAAAUACUUUAAAUACUUACCUUGAAUCUGCUGUAUGACGAAUGCCAUAAACACUUAACACAUUAAAGCAUUACUGUCAAACCCAAACUCCCACACUACACUCGUCAGUCCAUGUACUGUGCAAAUGUGCAGCAAAUUCAUACCAUAUAAAACUUAUACCAUAAACCUGUAGAAACUUUCAUUUUGUUAAUAUGUGUAAAAAUAUGACUACCGAUUGUACUCUAACAUUAAAGCUGUUUGAGUAAGACCCCCAAGGCAGAGCGUGUUACCCAAAACCUAUGCAACGUUUUGCUAUCUGAUUACUUACUUUUAGGUUUUCCAGCAUUUCUGGUUGAUCUGAUCCGCUAGCAUUUUGGUUCCUCAUAACCACACAUUCUUUGUUCUGUAACACUAAGUUCAAUGUCUGAAGGAGCCGAGGAGAUUUUUGGAUUUUAGUAACAUUUUUAAAUGAAGACCUAAAAGCGAUGAUGAUGGAUAAACAAGUUUCCUGUCAUUCUGUUAGUUUAGUAGUACAUUUACAUUAUUUAGCAGAUGCCUUUAUUCAAAGCGACUUACAAUUGAGACAGUAAACAUUGCAAUUGAGGCAAACAAAACAAGCAAUUGAGGGUUAAGGGCCUUGCUCAUGGGCCCAAACAGUGGCAAAUUGGCAGACAUGAGGCUUAAACCAGUGACCUUCCAGUUACUAGUCCUGUACUAUAUCCGCUGAGCUACCACUACCCCUAUCACUACUAGCUACUACUACCACUACUAGUAUAAAUGUGUUAACUGAACGUACACUACAGAUGUGAUGGAUGGAGUAUUCCUUUAAUCAGAGCUGUCUAACACUAAGUGACUGUUUAACCACUUGGUUAAAUGUGUGGCAUGAUUUUUGUUAAUAAAGGUGUUGAAGAGAAACUGUAUACAUGAGGGUUGUUACUGAGAAAGGACACUAUGGUUUAAGUAAAAGGUGAAGUUAGGGAUUGUGGAACCAUGCUGCCCCCUGCUGCAGGAUUAUAUUACUAUGAUGUUACUGCUUAUACCACUUCAGACAUUUGACCUUUUCACACAUGUACUUUUGUUCUGGAUCAUGUUUAGUAUGUUUAGAAACAUAUAAAAUCUGUUAAAAGUCCCGGAUGUUAAUUACUGAUCUCUGAUUUUGGGCGUUCUGGGUGAAGUAAGCCCAGGUACAGAUUGUACUAUUUUCUAAUCUGCUUCCUGAGCUGGGUAUUGAAUCACAAAUAGCUAAAUGGGUCACAUUACCUUCUAAUUAAUGUUUCACAAUUGCGGGAAAUAGGAAGGUCUGCAGACAGAAUACAAUGUCUGUAAAUAUAAAGCAAAAAGCCUUCAAACAAGUUACUACAACUCAAACACUGACGAAUAUAUUGGUGAAUGAGCAACUUUAUUCAAAUGAUUAAUCAGUGCCAAGUAAAUGUAAAGCAGAACAAAGUAAAUAAAUGAUUCAUUCACUAAGGGGGAACAGCAUCAUUUGUGAAACGUUUAAUAGCUGAAAAGGCUGUGUAAUGUAAGUCUAAAAUGAUUUUUCUCCUCAAAACAUUUAUAGAGGAAAGCCAGGGCAAACUGGAUAAGUGACGUUACUGUGUCUGCAUCAAGCUGGGGGAAAAUCAUUCAAGAAUUCAAGAAUAAAAUGUCUUUCAGUUAAAAAGGCAGUCUGGGAUUUGUAUUUCAGUUACAGACACAGCAAUGUCUUUGGUCCAGUUUUUACUUACUGUUUUCUCAUUGAUGUUUUUAAGGAAAUAUAAUUUCUUCCCAGUCUUUCUUGCUAUUAAAAUGUAAUUAUAUAUUGUAAAUGUCAACAGAAUGUUUUUUGAAAUAUGUGUGGAAAACCUUGCCAUGAUUAAAACUGCACUCAAACCAAAUGCAUUUAGAAUCAAUACUGGUUACAGACGUGAAUAUUCAUGCUGUCAGAAGCCCUAAUAGCAGGUUUACUCAGUUCUUCCUAAGAAAUUCCUUGUACUUUAACAUUGUCAACUUUUCAAAGCAUUAUUUUAUAUAACUGUGAGAAUAAAAGAUUGUCCUGAUGAAAUGUUGAUGAUUUUUUUAUUAUGUGUAUACAUAAUGACACUACAGUAGCAAUAAUGAUGUUUAGGGAGGAGCACAAUGAUGAUGCUCGUAAAAACACAACUGGAGAUACAAUUGUUUAUUAUUAGUGUAAGACUUGUGUAAAUGUACUAUGUUCAUGUUGGGAUGUUAUAUGGGUUUGUAGAAUGUGAAAAGUCUGUUUUUUGCAUUGUAUUUCAGUGGUACUGAUGUAUAUGUGCAUGUCGUAUUGACGGCGGCGUUUAUUGCCUUAGUGUUUCUAACACUAAUGUUUCAUUAAUAAAUAUAAAACAUGUUUUCUUUGA